GGCAGCGGCAGUCUGUGUCUAUGCUUAGACCUCGAUAGUUGGGAGCGGCAAGUAGUGCAUGUCAAUGUGGUCGCACAAACAAAAUUCCAAGAUCGACUUCAUCGGCGACGAUUGACUUCGGCCCCCCUUCAAUUAACUGCAAUAAAACCUUGCACUCUCUGACUGUGAGGGCGAGAGAGUGGGCAUGUGUGCGUGAAACAGCUGUUGGCGAACUAUUGAAUACUGCUUCGGCCUUCGUCGAUUUUCGAGUUGUAAAAUCACAACGAUUAUUUUCCAGUGUAAACAAACAAAAAUAUUUUGAAAUUGUGAAAUGACUGGAUCAGUCCACGAUCCCAAAUGGAGCCUGGAGCGACGCGAAUCGUCGGGACAUUUGGUGUGGCGUAAGGAGUCGCCAUCAUCAAAGGUUCGAUUUCGAUUCGAUGUGGAGGUUUUGGAAUUUGAAAAACAUCCAAACGAAGACCUGGAUCACAAAGACGAAAACUUCUCGGCCACAAACCUAUCCACAACAAUUGCCCUCUGUGCCACGUGUAUUGCCGUUGUAGCUGCCUCCGUAUUCCUGCCCUGGUACCUCAUGGAUAAGGUCGGCACGAUUUGAGAGCAGAUCAUAAUAUAUAGUAUAUAUUACGUAUCCAUAGUCAUUUGUAUGUGAAUUGUAAAUCAUCGACGGUAUUAAGUAGCUUUAUGUACAUAGAAAGGCGUAGAUUUAAGUAAUGUUACAAUCUGUAAAUACGAAUGUAAAUAAUUCAUAUAUGUUAAUAGACUCAAAUCUAAGGCUUUAGUGGCGAAUUAAUUAAA